AUGGUUCGCAUGACCAUAAUCCUGGCUACAGCCAUUCUCAGUCUCGCAUAUGCAGCACCUCUGAGCCCUAUUCAAGAAGAAGUCAAAGCCCGAGGUGUGUUGGAUGCUACAUAUGCUCAACUGGAUUGGUUUAUGGCUAAACGUGAUCCAGAGCUAUCUUAUGUGAAUAGCCGCGCUGCGGAAUUGAGUUAUGUGAAUUCGAAGCGAGAACCAGAACUUAGCUAUGUUAACUCAAAGCGUGAGCCAGAGUUGAGCUAUGUGAAUUCCAAACGCGAGCCAGAGCUCAGUUAUGUGAACUCCAAGCGAGAGCCCGAACUCAGCUAUGUCAACUCCAAACGAGAACCUGAGCUUAGCUACGUGAACUCCAAGCGGGAGCCCGAACUCACUUAUGUGAAUUCGAAGAGAGAGCCAGAAUUGAGCUAUGUGAAUUCGAAGCGUGAAGCUGAGCCUGAGCUCAGUUAUGUGAACUCCAAGCGAGAGCCCGAAUUGAGCUAUGUCAACUCUAAACGCUCACCCGAGCUAAGCUACGUCAACUCCAAGCGAGAGCCAGAAUUGAGUUACGUCAAUUCCAAGCGCGAGCCUGAACUCAGCUACGUUAACAGCCGCCACACCCACAAGGAAUAA